AUGCAUGGUCACACGGCGGCAUUGCCACCACCACACGUUGCGGCCAUCAAUAGUGCUGUAUAUAGAGGUAAACAAUCGCUCGAGACGAUCUGUCUCCUUUUGGCAUACAAAAUCAAAUAUCCAGAAAACUUCUUCAUCCUCCGCGGGAACCACGAGUGCGCGUCGAUCAACCGUAUCUACGGUUUCUACGAUGAAUACUCCCCAGGCAAUAUGGAGCGAUCACGGAGGACAAAAUACACUAAGGCUUGCACUGAGUUCUUUCUUUAUUUCACCUGGAAGAGGCCAGGUUUCAGUGUCAAGGCGAUUGCCAGAGGAGAAGUGGACGAGGAGGCCGCCCGAGAUGUGGAAUGGAAAGCAGCAUUUCGAGCGGGAUUGGAGAGAGCGAGGCAACUUCUUCUCAGCACAAAGGCCGAGGGGCGCACGAUCGAUGCCAUUGUAUCCUGGCCUUUAAAAAGAGGCGAGGGAGCAGGUAUCCGUAUAGCCAGCGAGCAGCAAAUACAUGAGCGGGUUGAGGUUGUUCUCGGGAUUGGUUUCCUCAGGUCGGUUAGCUGGAUCAGUCAGCGGAAUGGGCGCCAUGUGAUUGGUCGGCGGGGCUUUCGGAACCGAGAUAACCCGGGGUUGGCAGCGGCAAUGAAGGCUUAG